AGGACCUUACUAAGAGGUUUGUUAGCUAUGGCGGCCAGGCUUCAGCACGGCUCCCACGCCCACCCGCUGCAACAGAUGGGAAUAUCGGAGACCAACGGAACGGCAACUAGUUGCCGUGCAUGCGGCCUGCCCUUUGCAUCGGAGCUCGUCCUUUUCGGCUGCCGCAACUGUGGCUUUUUCCUCCACCGCUUCUGCGCCCUGCAGCCGCCGUCGCUUCCGGGCGAUCCUGCUUACCACCAGCACCAGCUCCGCCUUCUUUAUGCACCUGCCUACCCGUCCGGCUCCUUCCGUUGCGACAUCUGCAGGAAGGUUGGCAGCGCGCUCAACUACCACUGCCGGAGUUGCAACUUCGACGCCCAUCCCCUGUGCGCAAACCUGCCUCGGACGGCCCAUUACCCCGGCCACGAGCACCCUCUGCGUUUCUUGUUCAAACCAACUGCCGCGGGAAGCACUCGCUGUGACGUUUGCGGCAGUCAGGUGCACCAUUGUUGCUACGAGUGCAGCAGUUGCAACUUCGUUUUACACCCAUGGUGCUUAAGGAAGCGACUGCCAAAGAAGAAAACUUCCAAGGCGAAGGAAUUUGGAAAACGCGUCUUAGUAGCCGCUGCAGCGCACGUAGUGUUGGCCCUUCUUGGUUUGGGUGGAGGAUCGUUCCUUGAGGAUUCCGGCGACACCGACGUUCCCGAUCAAGAUGACGAUCUCGACGACACCGACGGUGGAGACGAGGACGUCGACGACAUGGACGGCGACUACUUCGGCGUCGACAUGGAUACCUUUGACGACCUGCCUGGUCUUGACGGCGUCGACGACCCAUUGCAGGCAGAGGCAGUCUCCUUGCUUCUAACACAUAUGGAAGGUAUGGCCUUUGAUGAAGCAUCUUCUACCUCUUAAGCGCCUUUUAUUCCUCUAGCAAUGUCAGUAUACUGACUGGACAUGACGAUGUGCGUCUUGAAUAAGUUGCCAUGGCAACUGUUAUAUGUAUCCGCAGAUUGUACCCCGUCUUGACCACCACAGUGACAUCAUUACUUCUUUCUACAAAAUGUUUCUUCCUUCGUUUCGUCCCAAUAUAUAUGUCUGCUGGUGUUAUCAUGUAUCUGAAUUUGCAAGACAAAAUGUAAUUUAUUAGAAGCUUUACGUUGUACUGACUCAA